GUGUUGUCAGAACUCAGAAGGGGUUCAGAUUCAGUCGUUUUGUGGUGUUUUGGUUUGUUGUUCGCGUUUGUUCUAUUUUUUCCUUUUCAUAUCGUUAACAGAUCCAAGAAAGAUGUCUCUCUAUCCUUCCCUGGAGGACCUGAAGGUUGACAAAGUGAUGAAGGCGCAGUCCAGCUUUGCGGCUAGCAUAGCCGUGCCAGCCAUUGCAGAGGAAGCUUCCGAAGGGGCGGUACAGAGCGAAGCAGCAGUGAUGCCAGUUCUGUAUCCCAACCUGCAGGAGCUGGGUGAUUACAUGGGACUGAGCCUCAACAGUGAUGAGAUCCAGAGAAACCUGGCCCUGCUACCUGCCUUCGAUAAUCAAGUGGUGACCAGGCCGUCUGCGCUGGGCUCUAUGGUGUCCCCGGUCACAGGGAAUGAUGUGGGGAUGCGCAGGGCGGAGAUCAAGCAGGGCAUGAGGGAGGUGAUCCUGUGCAAGGACCAGGGCGGGAAGGUGGGGCUCCGGCUGCGCAACAUCGACAAUGGUGUGUUCAUCCAGCUAGUCCAGGCCAACUCUCCGGCCUCUCUGGCUGGCCUGCGCUUUGGGGACCAGGUCCUGCAGAUAAACGGACAGAACUGCGCCGGGUGGAGCUUGGACAAGGCACACAAGGCACUGAAGAUCGCUGCAGAGCACAGGAUUGAGCUCAUUGUCCGAGACAGGCCGUUCCAGCGCACACUCACGAUGCACAAAGACAGCGCCGGGCACGUCGGGUUCAUCUUCAAGAAGGGGAAGAUCACCUCCAUCGUAAAGGACAGCUCGGCUGCCAGGAACGGCCUUCUGACUGAACACAAUAUCUGCGAGAUCAACGGGCAGAACGUCAUCGGGCUGAAGGACUCUGAGAUUAAAGACAUCCUGGUCACAUCUGCAAGUGUGAUUACCAUCACCAUCAUGCCUACGUUCAUCUAUGAACACAUGGUCAAACGCAUGGCCUCGGGGUUGUUGAAGUCGUCGAUGGACCACUCCAUCCCUGAGGUGUGAGGAAGAGAACGGUGCCUUCACACAGAGAAAACAAGCAUUCCGUCUGUGUCUUCAUCCUUUCACGGGUCUCUCUCAAUCACGUGCUGUACUGUUCGAGCACAGUCACCUCUAAAUCACUUUGCACACUGAAUAGCUCUUGGUAUAAUUGUAAGAUUCUUGUUCUUCUGUUCACCUACCUGGUUUAGAUUGGCAUCAUUUUAUAUAAAAGUUUCCUUUACUGUUUAAACUUUACUUUUAUAUGUAAAAUCAUUAUUUUUUUUCUACUUUUGUUAAGCAUUCCAUGCAAUGUGUUUUCAAGCUGUCAGCAUAGUCACAUAUCCCAGGUAUAGUCACUUACAGGGCAUUGACUGGUAACUCAAAGAAUAAGCUGGCUUCAAGAAUGACGACCUUCUCUUCUUGCUCACAAGCUAAUCCGAGUUGGCCAGGUAGGACCCAAGACUUCAAGACACAGGUUUUAAAAUGAAGAUCAAAAAUAAUUCAUGACUGAUUGUGAGUAGACUGCUGGCUCGGAUAGGUAUUUGCCAUGCUGUAUCACUUCCUGUUUUUGAGUGCCUGGCUCCUUUUUCAGGUAACAAAUCAUAGAAAUCUAUGAUGUAAAAACGUCUCCUGCACAACUGAGGACCGAAAUAGCCACAGCGUUCAUAUCUUAUCUGAAUUAUUUCAUGCAUGUUUUUUCUAUUGUUUAAUCGUUUUGAGGAAGUGUAGUUUUUAUUAGCCGUGAAUAUGGUUUAAAAGUAGAUUGUUUGUUUUUUCUUUUUGUGUUUUAGAAAUGUAUUGUGAAGUAACCAGUAAUGGACUAAAUGAAACACUUUCAGACAUGCCAUUAUAAUUUUAGAAUCUAUCUGAUCUGUAUUCAAUAUAAGCUGCAAACAAAAAAUAAUAAAGUGCUGUAUCAUUUCUUUA